AUGGCGCUUUUCUCUGGCUGGGUGUUCGUUGUGAGGCCGGACCCUGACGAUGCGGCGCCGGCUUUGUUACCACGUUACUUGGUGCUCGCGAAAUGUAGCCUGCUCAUGUACCGUCGCGACCCGACGCUGGUGAAGAACGAGGAACCCGUGUCCAGCGGCGUGCUGACUCCGCAACUCGCAGUAGAGGACUGCGGACGCGAGGUGUACGCCGAUGGACGGGCUCUCCACGCGUUCCGAGUGUACAACAAGGCCAUGCCAGACCAAGGUGGAAAGGUGGCAACCACAAGUGCAGGAGCAGCUCAGAAGUGGAUCUCAGCCAUUGAAGAGUCCAUCAAGGAAUCAGAGACCGGGGGCAAGCCAGAGAAAGCAUCUGUGGGAGAGCGCACUCUCACUCGCUUGGUCUCCAUCGGUCAAGGCCUGGGUGACAUCUUCACUCGUGAGAUGCAAGCCGACGUGGACGUGGGAGGCGAUGCGGUAGAAACCACCAAGUGGAGGAUCUUUAAAGUGGCGGACGGCCUUCGGUUCUUCCACGAAGCAUCUGAGGAGGGCUUUGAGUCUCUGAUCAAGGCGGAGGGGGUGGUGGAGGCAUCAGCAGACAGCAUCUUUGAAGUUCUCAUGAGCACAAGCGCUCCCCUCUCCAUGCAGUGGGACACAUUCACAGUGGAGAGCGAGGUGGUAGAGGCAGUGGAUGGCCACACGGACAUCAUAUUCGCUAUAGUCACCAACAGGCAGUACACUCACGGGAGGCCGACGGAGAAGGAGGUACUGGCGUCGCGCACAUGGAGGCGCAACCACGACGGGUCUUACGGCAUCACCACGUUCAACACCCUUCACGACUCCAAGCCCCCCAAUGCCCGCCGCCCGCGCCUUGACUUUGCAUUGGGGUCAUGGGACAUCCUCCCCCUCACCCCCGCCCGCCCCAAGACCGGCCACGUGAAGUGCCUCGUGCGCCACGUCAUCGAGCUCGGCACCGCUGCCUCCCUCUCCUCCUCCCACUUGUCUGCUGACGGCGCUCCUCCCACCCCUAGCAGACGCUCCAACGCCUCUUCCUCCGCCUCCUCUUCUGUCUCCGCCUUGGCCUCUCCCAGCACCUCAUCCCCCUUGCAUGCUUCUCUCCCCAGGCCUGCGCACGCAGUUGCGGGAGUGGCGAAAGCCGCUGCUGGGAAGCCGAUUUCGUUUAUCAAAGGGCUGAUGAGGGAGAAGAAGGACAAGGAGAGGGAUCUGCUGAAAUCAGCAUCUGUGGCAGAGGAGGCGGAUGGGCAUGUGGCCUUUGAGGAGUUUGCAGAUUCGUUCCCGUACGCGUCGCUGUGCCGCAUUGCAGGCCUGAGGGAAUACUUCGCAGCACAGCCUGCGAUGGAGGAGCAUGUGGAGAGGAACACAGAGGAGGUGGUUGCUAGCCUGAUGGAAAGGACUGAGAGCCUUGAAGACCAGUUCUUUGAUGCUGAAGGGGGGGAGGACGAACCCGCUAAGGAGAAGGUAUCGGCCAAGGCGCGCUGGCAGGGGCUCAAGUGGAUGGUGCAGUUUGGCUUCCGCCUGCGAUCCCUGUUCCUGGUGGAGGAGGAGGAGGCGGAUAAGGAGCGCUGGGAGGUGCGGAGGGAGCUGCAGGUGGACGUCACACCCACCGACCUGCUCGCCGUGGGGGAGAAGCUCAGGGCGCAGGUGUCGCUGCCGCUGGGCAGCGACCCCAAGGACGCCCAUGCGUGGAAGCAGGCCGCUGCUGACAACUUCUGUGUGCGCGGCGCUACCUAUCUCUCAGAUGGGAUCAAGAUCCCAGCAGCCCAGCCGCUGCUCUCGCUCCUGGCAGUGGACUGGUUCAAGUCGGACUCGCGCAUUGAUAACGUGGCAGCACGACCCGGCUCUGUCAUGCAGUCCGAAGCAGGCAAGAAGCUUCCGUUUGUCUUCGUCUUGAAUCUCCAAGUGCCGGGCAAGCCCAACUACUCAUGUGUCGCUUACUUUGCUGCCGACCGCCCCGUCAAGAAAGAUUCUCUCCUGGGGAGGUUUGUGAACACGGAGGAUGAUGCAUUCAGGAACAGCCGCUUCAAGCUCAUUCCGCGCAUCGAGGAGGGCUUCUGGGCAGUAAAACGGGCAGUUGGAACAAAAGCUGCUAUUCUAGGCAAAGCUCUCACCUGCAGCUACUACAAGGGGGAGAACUACCUGGAGAUGGACGUGGACGUGGGGUCGUCCUCAGUAGCGCGCAGCGUCAUCGGCCUCGUGCUGAGCUACGUUACCUCGCUUGUUGUGGACCUUGCUCUGCUUAUAGAGGCCCAAGCAGCAGACGAGCUGCCGGAAUACCUUCUCGGAACAAUCACACUCAUGCGCCUCGAGCCCAAGAAGGCCAUUGACCCCCCUCCUGCAUGA